CCAAGCGUGUCCUUGUAAUGCGCUAUCUGGUGAUUCAUGGAGAGGCCGAACGCUAUGGGUUGGACAUAUGGGAUGCGCUCAUAUAAUCCCUUCUUCUGUUCCGACAUCUCUCUGCAAAGAAAAAACUAAUUUAGGGUUGAAUUAUACUUAUGAUAUAGGCUAUUCAUUAUAACACAGUGCUAUUUGAUUAGCCUGUAAACAUGGAAAGUAUGAAGCUCAUCCAACCCAUGGUUGUAUUGGAAAUUAUAGGCUAUUUCUAACUUUCAUGCGUCUUCAUUUUCCCAACACCCAAAAGCAUUCGAAAUUACAGUGUAAAAUCCAUGGCACAAACCAGAACAUUUCCAUUAAUUCCACAAUUGAAUUCAUGACCUGAGCUUACCUCCUCACAGAGUCUUCAUAAUCAUCUCUCAUCGUGCGUUAUCGCCUUUCCCCGUUUAUGUUUGUCUAUUGAAGUAUGCAGCUGAAAUUGUAACCUGUUAGAAAGAAAGUUGUCACAUCCCCAUUCCCUCUGUCUGUGACAAUCUCUAGUUUUUGUUGGUUAUCAUGCCAGGUGGGUGUGAUCCUAUUCUGGGCGGGGAGAACGGGAUAGCAACACAUUCUCUCAAAACAAAACUACAGUAUGCUAUGUAUAUGAGUAGACAUGUAUUACUGAACAAAAUUGAAUAAUUGGGGAUAUACUUUUAACAGCAACACGAUAGGGAUAGUGGGGACAACGGGAGAUAGAACUGUCAAACAAAAGCCAUGUCUAAUUUGCAUAUUGAAUAAGCAUCUAAGUCAAUUCGCUUAAGUUACGUUUACAAAGUUGUUGAACUGUGUAGCCUGAAACAUUUGUUUUGUUAGGGUCCGUGAUAAAAUAAAAUAAAACAGAGAGGCUUUGGCAAAUGACCUCAGAUCAGAUGUUUGUCCUGCAGCGCUGCAUCUUGCUUGCGCAUGCUCAGUGUGUCACGCUGUCAUGGACCCGGAGAGGAAGCCUUUUGCCGGCAGAAUGCACACAUUUCACACUAUCUUGGAUGAGCACACACUACCGAAGUCAGAAUGAAUGACAUGAACCUCAGCCCUGUUGGGAUGGACCAGUUAAGUGUGCCCUCUGUGAGUGCCAGUCAUCUGGGUCUACCCACCUCCCCAACACACAACCCCAUCACUACAACAGGCAUGUCUGUGGCUAUACCCAGCCUGGGGCCCUCUCUUGGGUCUCUGCCCUCUGCUCUGUCGCUCAUGCUGCCAAUGGGUCCUCUUGGUGACCGAGGGGUCAUGUGUGGCCUUCCAGAGAGGAACUACUCAUUACCUCCUCCCCCCUACCCACACUUGGAGAGUAGCUACUUCAGACACAUACUGCCAGGUAUCCUGUCUUACCUGGCAGACCGGCCUCCCCCUCAGUACAUUCACCCCAGCAGUCUAAACAUGGAUGGGACUCUCUCUGUGUCCAGCCAGAACCCCUCAGGGCUGGACCCUUACAAUGGCCCUGGAGGGCCUCUUGAACAAGGCCUGGUGUCCCUGGACUCCCGUCAGGUUGGUGGCCAGGGAGACCUCCACCAGGGUGGGGGCCACGAGGUGCAGCUGGACUCCACAGGGCUGAACAUGGAGUCCCGGGUCAGCAGCCCCAUGUCCCCAGACAGGAUGGGAGAGGACCUGGCCAACAUGGAGGGGGUGGUGGGGGCUGAGAACCAGCAGCAGCUGGGAGGGAGAGGCCAGAACCAUGAGGGCCUGGGAAGAGUUGAGUCCUCUGGGGGUGUGAUGCCCCUGCACGGGCCUGGCCUGGAGCUUCCUGUGGGGAUGGAGCCAGAGCACCUAGGGGGCCGGGUGGGGAAUUCAGGGGGAGGCGGUCUGGGGGAGUCUUUACACAGCUCAGGGGAGCUGAACUCUGGGGUGGUGAGUGUGGUUCUCAACCAGUCCCAGCUGGAGCCUGUGUCCCUCCAUGGUCAUUCGGGCAUGGGCCUAGAGUCGGUGAACGUGUCUCCCAUCACGGCAGAGGUGUCCCUGGGGCCAGAGAACAGCCUGUUGCUGGUCAACUCCACCCUGCAGCUGGAGGACUCCACCUCCAACAAGGAGAACAUGGUCACUGCCUUCACCAUCUGGUGUACGCUGUGUGAGCGGUCGUAUCCCUCCGACUGCCCAGAGCACGGCCCAGUCACCUUCAUCCCAGACACGCCCAUCCAGAGCAGAGCCCGUCUGUCUCUGCCUCGCCCGCUCUGCCUCCGUGUCUCUGUAGCUGAUCAGCCUUUAGGAGUGUUUGCCCGAGACAUCAUACCUCCCAGGACCUGCUUUGGGCCCAUGGUGGGUCAGCACUGUAGCAACGUAGACCUGCAAGACUGGCCAGACAAGGACACCCCUCAGAUAUGGAAGAUGUUCCACAACAACGUGCUGGAGUUCUGUAUUGUGACCACAGAGGAGAAUGAAUGCAACUGGAUGAUGUUUGUCCGCAAGGCACGGACCAGAGAGGAGCAGAACCUGGUGGCCUACCCUGACAACGGGAAGCUGUUCUUCUGCACGUCCACUGAGAUCCUCCCAGACCAGGAGCUGCUCUUCUACUACACCAGGGACUACUGCAGGCAGAUGGGGGUCCCUCAGGUCCCAGAGGGCCAGAUGUGCCAGUGCGGCAAAGAGUGCCAGUCCUUCGCCGAGCUCAAGUCCCACCUGAGCAGCCACAACAACCAGGACCACCCCCAUUCCCACAGCCCCAGCCAGGACCACCACCAGGAACACCACCAGGAGGGCAAGCUGCCCAGCGGUACCUCCAGCUCCUCCUCAUCCCCCUGGGCCUGCCACUCUAAUAACACAAAUAACUCUGGCUCCAACACACACUCACACAGACACUCGCUUGAGAGAAAGUACAAGUGCAGUAUGUGCUCGCGGGCGUUCACCACGUCCACUAAACUCAACGUGCACUUCAUGGGACAUGUGGGGAUGAAGCCGCACAAGUGUGAAUACUGCAGCAAGGCCUUCAGUGAUCCAAGCAACCUAAGGAUGCACCUCAAGAUACACACAGGUCAGAAGAACUACAGGUGUAAUGUGUGUGAGAAGUCGUUCACUCAGAAGGCCCACAUGGCGUCUCAUAUGGUGAUUCACACGGGGGCCAAGAACUUCAAGUGUGACCUGUGUGACAGGAUGUUCAUCAGGAAGCAGGACCUCAAGCAGCACAUGUUCACACAUACACAAGAGCGACAGAUCCACUGCCCCAAGUGUGACAAACAUUUCUUGAGGACCAACCACUUGAAGAAGCACAUGAACUCCCAUGAGGGUCGCCGGGACUACAUCUGUGAGAAGUGUGAGAAGGGCUUCCUCACCAAAUACCACCUCACCAGACACCUCAAGAUCUGCAAAGGCCCCAAGACUGACCGAGGGGUCCAGGAGGAGGAGGAGGAGGAGGAGGAGGAUGAAGAGGAUGAUGACGAGGAUGAAGAGGAAGUAGAGAGACUAAUAGAUCCAGAUAGCAGAGAGGACUGUGGGUUAGAGGGAUACGAUUCUGAGAAAGCGUUGUCGCCACACAAUUGACUGUGACUUCAUUGUGCCAAUACUAGAUAUUUUUUAUUUAUAUUUACUUAGUUUUAACUGUUAGUUUGUUUUGCCAAUAUCUCAUUUGUUGUCAAGUUAAGGUUUCUUUUAUUUUCAAAUAUCAGUUUAACAUUGGGAACAAUCAAACACGGAUAAUCCAGAUUGUGAUUUAGAGGUACUGUAUAUGCAUAGACUUCAUGUUUUAUUUCUUACAUUUUCCUUGCCAGACAAUGAUGAUAUGCUGCUCUAUCAUCGCUCCAUACAUUAGUCUGAACUGCCAUCCUAGAUGUCGAAAUGAUGUGAUUCACGUAGGCCGGCUUUGGCCCAACCCAUCGGUUUCUGGGACCAAUCAGAAUGUGUUUGGGUUCUCAAAGAGUCGGGGAGGAAAGCUAAUCCAGACUCAUCAUGGAGAAGUAAUGUUAGUGGGCUUGCUGUUUGGCCGGAGAGAUGUGGCUGAGUAGCCAGGCAAUAAUUUUCGUAGAAAAUUAGAUAUAAGUUAUAAUUAUGUUUUAACUCAAAAGACAUGGCCUUUUAACACACAAUAAUAUAUAUUUUUUAACAGUGGUCAUCUCUUUAUGGAAUAGAUGCUGAGUUUGAGUCUGUCUCUGGAUGCUGGUUCUGCUGCUGGUUGAAUGUUGAAGGUAUGUAUACCUUGUGAUGUGUCUGCCACAAUUUAUUUUUGUAUGUAUGUAUGUGCAAAUAUAUGAAUAAUC